AUGACUGCUCUCCGGAACCCAAAGGGAACAGCAAUUGCAUCGAGAAGGGGGAUAGAGAAAAUCAUCUACGGCUUCUACUCUGAUCUCUUCGACAGCCAUGUCCACUUGCCUUCUCACCAUUUGAGGGAAGACGGACAAGUCAUUCCAGAGGUUCUCCCGUCCGAAAUACGACAUGCUAUCAUGUCGGUAAGAAAUUGUACGGCACCCGGUCCCGACAGAAUAAGACCAGAACACCUGAAGAGCCUUCCGCCAGUACUCAUCAACACCCUAGUGAGCCUCUUUACACGUUAUCUGUCGGAAUGCAAGGUUCCUAAACAGUGGAAGACCAGCAAGACCGUAUUGUUGUAUAAAAAGGGAGAUCCACAUGACAUCGGCAACUAUCGUCCAAUCUGCCUACUGUCCGUCAUCUACAAGCUCUUUACAAGAGUAAUCCUUAAUAGGAUUGAAAAAGUCUUGGAUGAAGGACAGCCAUGCGAGCAAGCAGGGUUUCGAAAAGGAUUCAGCACGAUUGACCACAUUCACACUGUUUCGAAACUGAUCGAGGUAUCACGAGAGUACAAGAUGCCGCUCUGUCUCACCUUCAUCGACUUAAAGAAGGCCUUCGACUGA